CAGAAGCGGCGCGCACACGAGCCCACCCGGCCGCGCCCGGACAAUACCCGGCGCGCUGGGGACGAUGCCCGCCCCGGUGCCGCCCCCGCGCCGCACAGCCCCGGCCGCCAGGCCCUAGAGUCGGCCCUGCCCCGUGCUGCACCGCCCACGGACCUCGCGGGAGAUGGAGGUCCUGGCGACAGACACUGUGUCCCAGCAGGAGCGGCUUCAAGCCAUCGCUGAGAAGCGUAGGAAGCAGGCAGAGAUUGAGAGCAAGCGGAGACAACUGGAGGAUGACCGGAGACAGCUGCAGUACCUGAAGUCCAAGGCACUUCGGGAACGCUGGCUGCUGGAGGGGACCCCAUCCUCGGCCUCGGAGGGCGACGAGGACAUGAGGAAGCAGAUGCAGGAGGAUGAACAGAAAGCCCGGAGCCUGGAGGAGUCCAUCACCAGACUCGAGAAAGAAAUUGAUGUCCUGGAGUUCGGAGAGUCAGCCCCAGCUGCCCCAAAGGAGAACUCAGCGGCCCCCAGCCCCAUCCGGCCCCACUCUACAAGCCCCGCCAAGGAGGAGCAAAAGUCAGAAACCAUGGUGAACGCCCAGCAGACUCCACUGGGCACCCCAAAAGAGAAUCGCACGUCCACACCAGUGCGGAGUCCCGGGGGAUCCACGAUGAUGAAGGCAGCCAUGUAUUCGGUGGAGAUCACGGUGGAGAAGGACAAGGUGACCGGGGAGACCAGGGUGCUGUCCAGCACCACACUGCUCCCCCGGGACCCACUCCCUCAGGGCGUGAAAGUCUACGAGGACGAAACAAAAGUGGUCCAUGCCGUGGACGGCCUCUCUGAGAACGGAAUCCAGCCUCUAAGUUCCUCCGAGGUGGAUGAACUCAUUCACAAGGCCGAUGAGGUCACACUGAGCGAGGCCGGGUCCACAACUGGGCCAGCAGAGCCUCGGGGACUCGCAGAGGAUGUCACCAGGACCACACCAUCCAGAAGGGAGAUCACAGGAGUCGAGGCUCAGCCAGGAGAGGCCACGUCAGGCCCGCCAGGCAUCCAGCCCGGUCAGGAGCCCCCGGUCACCAUGGUCUUCAUGGGUUAUCAGAAUGUGGAAGAUGAAGCAGAGACCAAGAAGGUACUCGGCCUGCAGGACACCAUCAAGGCUGAACUGGUGGUGAUUGAAGACUCGGUCACCCCCAGGGAGCCUGCACCACUCAAUGGCAGCGCGGCUGAGCUCCCAGCCACCAAGGAGGAGAACCAGACGGGGCCCACGACCACACCCAGCGACACCCAAGAUCUUGACAUGAAGAAGCCUCGCUGUAGAUGCUGUUCUGUCAUGUGAGCCGUCGGGGCACCCCAGUCCCCGGUCCCUGUCCUAUGCUCCACACUCAAACCCAGCAGCCCGGCCCUCCUCGGCGCCUGCCCACCUUCACCCUCCGCCUCACAGGCCCCAGACACGUGUGUGGUCCCUAUGCACCUCGAGUCGCGGGUGGGGGGUGCUGUGCCCGUCACCACACUCCACACUCACCCCGCACCUCUGAGCCGUGUGUCAUCCCUUGGUGAGAGACAGGCUGACCCGUAUCAGCCCCUCUAAGAAUGGGGAUCCCCCCAGUCCAGGUCACAGCAGGUUUACACAGGUGGCUUAUGCCCACCAUGGUCCCAGCCUGGUGUCCCCUUGCCGCCCCAGGCCAGCCUGUCUGUGCCUUAUUGUUACUUUUGGGGAGUCUCCGAGGGGACCAGAAAGGCUCUCCCUGGCCAAGGCGCCAGCAGCCAAAUGUGGGCAAGUGAGAUGAGGCCACACUUCUUUGGGGACUCAACGUCCUAACAUGGAGGACGGGCACCUGUGGAUCCCCUCCAGUAGGUAGCGGAGCUCAAAACAGGAGAAGCCCUUCACUGGGGAUGGAACAGUCACCCACAAGAUGGAGUCAUUGUUGGUCAGCCAAGCCACUCCCUGUCCUAAGUGUCCCCUCCCCUCCAUGCACACACUGGGCCCUUCUUCCUGGUGCUAAUUUUGGGACCUUCGGGGUCACCUCUGCCCUCUUCUCUAGUUGGCUUGGACCAGGGUCCUGGGUUUCCCACAUACCCCCAUACCCCAGAAGUCAGUGGGUAUGUCUGCCGGCACUGCAAAGCCUAGCGUUUCCAGGCAGGAUUAGGUUGCUCCACACACACACCUUGGGUGGGAGUAAGGGAACCCCCCCACCUGCCACCUGGCCAGACGGGAGCCUGGCAGGGGGUCACCAACCUUCGGGCAGACAGGCAGCAGUAGCCACUUUGGUCCCCAGAGGCACAACCUUGCACACAGGCGCUGACUCAGCUUCAAAGGACCGCGCCCGGUCCAGGUCCCUUUCUUGGGACUCCAGCCUGGUGUGCAGCAGGGCGCAGGACCCCCUGCGGAGUCCCGUCACUACCCGCAGCUGCAGUAGGGCCUCAAGCAGAGGCCACGACGGGGUCUGUGUCCCGUCCUUCCCGUGGCCUGGAGGAGAGGCGCUCUUCACUGAGGGGUGACCCAUGGCCACGGCCAUGGUGCCCCUCCUCUUCCUCCUCCUCUGAUUCUGCCUGAGUUCCUCAAGCCCUGAGCCUCGGCUGAAGUGCCCUUGCUGCCCCCUUCUGCUUUUGACGUGUGACGAGGCCCCACCCUUCACCCCCAUGUUCUUGACUUUCCCAGAGAAACAAAUUAAAAAAAAAAAAAAAAAAGUGUGCAGA